AAUAAACGACUAACGACCAACAAGUAACGAGCUAACUAUUGGAAGGGCAAUGAAGAAUUGGAAAAAAAUGCCUUAUAAACCUCUAGAGCAAAAUUAUCAAUUGAUGGCACAAAAGCGUCAUGAAGAAUUUCUGAAGAAGGAUUACUAUAUACGAGCAGCACGUUAUUUUGAACGAGAAACUGUUGCAGCUAAACAAUUUAAUUCUUGGACAAUUCGAGACCCCAAAUCAUAUAUUGAUUCAUUAGAGAAAAUACAGGCGAUAGAAAAAUUACAAACGCGACGUGAAAAUCUGAAGCAGUUACUAAUGAAAGAAACAGAUCUUUAUAAAUAUGAACUUGAACAACAGAAACAAAUAAAAAGUAAAAAAAAUGAAGAUUUUUCACUUAAAAUAUUUCGACAUAAACUUUUGGAACAAAAGGCAGAGCAUAGUCUUUAUUAUCCUAACAUCAGUCGAAAAUUAAGAUCCUGUCCAAUCAGUCUUAAUGAUAUUAAUAAGAACCUUGAACAUUUACGUUUUCGUAACAGGGACGAUAAAGCCCAAUCUAUGAGUAAAAAUAGUUAUAAUCUGAUUUCUUCAACUGAUCCAUCUUUAGAAAGAAUUUCAUUUGAGAAUGAUCAUGAAAUGGAUAAAGAAAAUAUAGACUUAUUUCAAGAUUGUAGUGAUUUAUUAAAAAUAUCAAAAACAUCAGAAGAUAAGCCAACUCUAUUAUCAAAUGAACAAUCAAAUAAGUCAAACUAUAGUUAUAACUCAAAUAACACGAUUGACAUAAAUAAUAUUAAUAAUGUACAUCAGAAUGAAAUUGAUUAUAAUAAAGAAAAAGAAUUUAUAAUGAAUCCUAAUAAAGAAUUCUUUGAUAAUUCAGAAGAUUUAUUAAUCUCCAAUCAACUAUUAUUAGAUAAAUUGGAUACUAAGUCUGAAACAGUAAAUAAAUUUAUGUUUCCCGAUGAUAAUCUGUUAAAUAAAAAUCAAAUAAAUACUUAUUUGAAUUGUGAUCAAAAUGAAACACUGCAGCAAAAAUAUUCGGAUUGUAGUAUUAGCGCUGAUAUAUCUAAACAAAUGUUUAAUUAUUUACAAUACAAUGAUUUAAAAUGUAAGAUUAUAGAUCUACAUAGGAGAGAGCAUAUUUUCACUGUUAAACAGUGUUGGAGUGAGGCACUCAGAUUGCGAGAAAUGAGAAAUGAGCUGAUUCUUCGAAAAAAUAAAAUACUUUAUGAAAAUCGUGAUCUUAAGAUAGAUAAUGAUACAAGGCAGUUUGGAUUAAAUAUGAUUGAAACUAGAAAAAUGCUAAAUGAAAAUAGAGUAAAAUUAUGUAAUUCCAUGUUCUACAGUGAUGAAGCAAAAUCUCUGUGGAAGCAAUGGAAUAGUGAAGAUGAUACUAUAUCAAAAAUUGAAAUGAAUACUAUGAGAAAUGUUAUUUUAAACGAGCUUGAAAAUGAAUGGAAAAAUUUAGCUCUUAAUGAUAACCAUAUUUCACAAUUGUAUGACAGAGUUAUAACAAAAUCUAUUCUCCAAGAUGAACAGAAACUUCCAGCAGUAAUCCGAAAUGCAAAAGUUCAGUAACAACGUACCAACCUCUUAACUGUAUAAAAUGUUUUAUUCUGAAUUCUUUAAAAUUAACCUUUAAAUAAAAUAAAACAACA